UUAAGGGUUUCAAGCCUGGAAGGGGAGCUGUUUUCCAUGACCGUGUCAAUUGUAAGGUCUGUGAGAAGUUCUAAAAAGAAUGUGGCUGUCUAUUUAUCUUGUCGUUGAAAUGGAGUGGAGGAUGGGCCAGCGCUGAGUGAAAGUUCGGGGGAGGGAAAGGAUGAAAGGAAUUAGAGACAACCAGAAAAUGGACACACCCAUCCCUGGCUAGAGAGUGUGAGAAGAGUGUGUGGGAGAAAGAAAGAAAGAAAAAAAAGAGAGAGAGAGAGAGAGUAAUGAAGUAGUGUUGAGCAACUGCAGGGUGUGUCUUGUAUAAGUUGUAUACCAGUAGGUUGAGUUCACCAGGUGUAGACGGAGCAGGAGCAAGCCUCUCUCUCUGCAGCACUCACACGCUUCCUGGAGACCACGGCAGCACGCACGCCAGCAGACACACACACACUCCCUUGCUUUCGCUGCUUGAACACACUCCCACAGAUCCCAGUGAGCAGGGCAGAGAGGGCUGUGCAACAAGACAGGAAGUACAAUACAGACAGCCAUGAAGGACAAAAUGAAGAAAGGAGGAAGAGGAAAAAACCAGGGAGCGACGGGUGGUCCCACACUGACCAAUGGGAGUGGAGAUUUCGAAACGAAGCAGGAAGAGACCGCAUCAUUUCCUGUGAAGAUCCAGGGGUCUGGGGUGGAGCCGUUUGAGUUGCAGGUGCAUGGCUUCUGGCUAGUCCAGGAUGCUGUCACGUCCCUCCUGGCCAGGGAGGAGGUGUAUCCUCGCUCCUGCCUGUCGCUGGCCCUGGCAGGGAUGACCCUUGAGCCCCUGGUGGAGCUCCAGAGCCUGAAGGGUUUCAGACCAGGGGCCACCCUCCGUCUGAUGGAAGAACCCUACUCCCCGUGCUCUGCCAGGGAGCAUGUGAGCCGUGUUCUGGAGCUGCUGAGAGCAGCCAGAACCCCGGACGCUCUGGUCGAGGGACGCUCCCCGAGUCUGCUGCACACACUCACACACACUGCAGCCUCAGCCACUGAGAAAGCUGGGAAGCUCCCAGCGAGCAAUACAAAGACAGAGCCAGCCAAUCAGGAUGGAGUUCCUCCAGAGUACCUCCUCCCUGGGUCACCACACAUGCCCCUUCUAGCCGUGCUACCCCACAGUUCCCAACCAGAGACUCAUCGCUGUCUGAAGGACCUGUCACUCAGCUGUUGGAACCCGCCCCCUGGUCACAGGAAACUGCAGGGGGACUUCCUGUACAUCACCGUUCUCACGCUGGAAGGUCGCAGGUGUGACAUCACAUCCUGUUCACGAGGAUUCUACCACAACAGGUCUACAGAGGAAGCUUUUGACCCCCGUCCUGCCUCAUCCACUCCAGUCUGCCACUGUCUCACCGACCUGCUCGCUCACUUCAGCCCCGGCUUCAAACAGGCCCUCGCAACCCUGAGAAACAGACCUCAGGUGGCCCCGGCAGAGGUGCUGCCCACCCCCUACCGUACCAUGUGCUGGCUGGGUCCCUCUUCUGUCUCCCACUUACAUAGAAACCUUUACAGCAGACUGGAGGAGCAGGGAUCAGCACAGUCCCCAGACUGGAAUGAGGAGUUGCAGCUAGCCAGAGAUCUUCCUCAGGGUUCUCUGGAGGAGAGACUGCAGAGAGACAGAGCUUUGCUGCAGGUAAACAGUGCGUUUGUGUGGGCAACGGCUCAGGCUGCAGAGACUGUGAUGGACGGCUUUGUGGAGUCAAUCAGCGGAGGCCCAGACGACCCUGGCUUCCUGUGGGGCGGGCUGUUCCUGAGCCGGGGGGGUGCUGGGGGGGCUCCGGAUGGGGAAAGGGGACGCAGGGCUGCGCAGAAGCUGGAGCUGAGAGGUGUACAGCUGUACAGCGACCUAGGGGGGGCGCUACAGGGGCUGCAUACACUCCCCACCACCACCGUGGAUUACCGAGGGGUCCGCCUGUCUGCCCAGGGUCUGGCCCCUGGUCUGGAGGGGCCUCUGGAACAGGGCCAGGGGCCACAGCCUUCCCCCAGGGGCCUGCUGUACGGGGUGUCGGCGGGGCCGCAGGAGUCCCCCUACCGCAGGCGGCUGCUGGAGCUGUUGGCCCAGGCGGCCAAGGCCCUCUCCCUGCAGAGGCACGCCGUGCUGGCUCCCAACGGCCAGCAGGUGCCCCUGUUCACCUCGGUGGACGCUCAGGGUGUCCUGGGGCCAGACGGAAGGUUCUACUUGCUCGACCUGUUCAGGACCCUGCCGGCGGACGCCAACUACUGCCCUAGCGGAGAGACCGGGGGAGAGGAGGAGGGGGGGAGAGGGGGAGACGGGAGGAAAGGGAGUGGAGGAGAGUCGGAGGAAAAGGAGGGAGAGGGGUGGCCGGAGAGGUACCACUCAGAGAAAGGUCUGCCCCGGACGUUCCCUCACAGACUGUGCAGACUGAGGCCGGAGCUAGUGCACGAGUUUGCCCAGCACAAGCAGUCACAGUUCACCAAGCGUGUCAGGGAGAGAAUGGAGGAGAACGGAGGAGUGGAGGAGUGUGUGAAACCAGGUGACGCCAGAGGAACUGACGCAGUCAGAGGCGCUUGUAAAGACGUGGGCUCAGUCAGUGAUAUCAUCUUUGAAAUGCGCUUCAACCCCAACAUCUUCAACCAAGGGCUGGACUUUCCCAGAUGUGACGGCGCAAGCGUCCGCCUGCAGAAGAGGCUCCUGAGAGAGGCCGCAGCCUUCAUCACCACCCACCAGAUCCCUGCCUUUAUUGAGGACUGCCUGCAGUGCAUCGAGGUUCCUCUAGAUGGUGCUACUCUAAGACAGGCUCUGCACCAAAAAGGCAUCAAUCUGCGCUACCUGGGUCAGCUGACCAAGGCCAUCAGCCAAUCCGAUCACAAGGAGCGACUCAGGCACAUUAUGAGGUUGGCCGUUGGGGAAAUUGUGAUUCGUUCCUCCAAGCGCAUGUUCAACAACUUCCUCCAGGGGGUGGAGAUAUCCAGUCUGUCAGCAGCUGUCAGUCACUUCCUCUGCUGCCUAUUGGUUUCCCACUUCAGCUCCGCCCCUGUGGGGGAGGAGACUAAAAAGCGUUCCAGGAAGCGCGGCCGAGGGGGUGGGGCCUCUGACAGCACAACCUGGAGCAUGCUCAGUGGAGCUGAGCUCUGGAACUUGAUUGUCCAGGAUGCUACAGAGACCUAUGGCAUCACUGACGAACUGGGUUCUGGUCCUGACCACCUGGUGGAGCUGUACAGGCUGCAGAAACUGUCUCUGCUCAGAGAGUUCUGCCUGAAGACUGGAGUGCAGCUCAGACUGAGAGACUACCUCCUUGACAACCGAACCAAGGCAGCCUUCGGCCCUGACGACGUGCUCAACCUCUUCCCCGUCGUCAAACACAUCACCAUGACGACAGCCGACGCCUCAGCAGCGUUCCGUGCUGCUCAGAGCAACAUGAAGAAAGGCCUGUUGGAACCAGCGUAUGAGCAUCUGAAGGAGGCCUCCUACCUGUUUGGUCGAGUGUGUGACGACCUCCACCCAGAAGCAUGUCACUGUCUCAGUCUGAUGGCCAGGGUGGCCUACCUCCAGGGACAAGCAGCCGAGGCGCGGAGUGUCCAGCUGAGAGCUGUGGUCAUCAGUGAAAGAGUGCUCGGCUUCGACCACCCCAACACCAUCCAGCAAUACGUGCUGCUGGCGGUGUACGUCUACGCGGGCGGAGAGCAGGCUCUGUCCCAGCGCUGUCUCUUCCGAGCCCGUCUCCUGAUGCAGACCGUGCACGGUGAAGACCACCCCUACGCCGCCAUGCUGGACGGCUGCCUGGGGCUCGUAUUGACAGGAGAGCAAUCGGGCCAGUACUUACGGAACGCGCUCAAACUCAACACUUCCUUUUUCGGCCCGAAAGACCUGCGCACUGCUCUCAGUCAGCACCUGUUGUCCCAGUCAAUGUGUUUAGCAGGGAACUAUCGUUCUGCCAUAAACCAUGAAAGGGAGGCCCUGGUCGCCUUCACCAGCCUGCAUGGUGAGGACCACCCUCAGACACGCUGCAGCUCGGAUUUCCUGAGGACCAUUACCCAGAAUGCAGUGCGCGUCGAGCGCUCUCUGAGGAAGGGCGCCCCAGAACUCAUGGACACACGCACACUUGAGACUCUAACUCCCUCAGCUGAGACCAUUCUGGAGCAGCUGGUUCUUGUUGCAGAGGUCAGGAGGAACACAGACAGUGGCCUCCAGCAGUUCAGACAGAAGCUGAGAGAGCUGAGGGAAGCUGAGGAAGCCAACAGAGCUGCCCAGAACGCUGGAGAGGAGAAUGCUUCACAUGAAGAACCGAAACAGAACGGAGGGGGGGAGGAGACCGGAAGAGGGGAGGAGACCGGAGGGGGGGAGGAGAACGGAAGGGGGGAGGACUAA